AUUUCAUCCAAAAUUUAUGAUUUUACCUCCGGAUUUAUGCUGAACAACUGUAUGAACUAGAGGAUCGUUACCUUGAAGAACAAUCGCUGAACAAUUUUCGUCCAAAAUUUCCCCGUUACCUCAAGCCUGUCCGCCCCCAACAAAUCGCUCCUUACUCCUCUCAAGUUCUUCCUCGUGUAUUCCAUCCCCAGCUGGAGGAGCAGGAGCGUCGAUUACAUCUAAGGAGUUCAAAGAGGCUAGGAUUCUUCGAUUCUACUUCUGCUUCUUCUGGCCCGUUCGAUUCACUCGAUUGGAAUGGAGGGUCGACAGCGUAGGUGUGGAGCGAAGGUGAUGGUGCGGGAUCGUGAAUGAGUUUAGUUUCCGGUGUCUGUUCUGGUCAUGAUGAAGGUGAUGCUAUGGGGACGUUUUUGUUUGGGGGGAAGAAGGCACAGGUGAUGGUGUUCUCGGUGGUGGGCUUCAUGGACUGCGAACUAAUGUUGGAGUAGGAAUGGGUUCCUCGCUUUCUAAGGACUUGGAGUCUGCAGUUGGAAUUGAUGUCCAGAAUAUUACUUGUGGUGGAUGACAUGCCUGCUUUAAUGACCAAGCAAGGAGAGAUCUUUUCCUCGGGGAGGAAUGGUGUGAGCCCUCGACCUCCCGCUUUCUUUCUCCACUCGCAGCGCUCCCCAUCUUCAGCUUCAGUCCCUCGCUCCGCCACCUUCUCUUCCCCCAAGUCGUCCCCUUUGCUGGCUUCGAGUGAACCGUCCGGAAUCGGAUUGAGGGCGCCAUCACUUCACGUGCAAUGCCGCCGCGUCAUCUCGUCACCUAACGUCGAGUUCAAACCGGGUGAGUGGCUCUCAGAGACAAUUCAUCAAACGGUUGAUAUCCUUGAACGCAAUUUGAAAUAUUUGAUCGGACUCCUCGUUAAAAGUCUUGACUUUUCAGUGGCGUUGGAUGUGUUAUUUCAAGAACUCGGGCUCAACGAGAGAGAGACCGAAUCUCUCUUGACCAGGGACCCGGAUUUGAGGCUGAAGUCUAUCCGUUCGUUGCGGGCUCGCGUCGCCUCUUUGAAAUCGGUCGGAAUCAGUGGCCUUGAGCUCUGCCAUUUGGUUGUGAAAUGCCCUUCUGUGUUGGCAGCAGGUGAAAUCGAUCCCUUUAUACUCUUCGUGCGCGACCAAUUAGAUGGAAAGGUUGACCCAAUGCAGCUUAAGCGUCUCUUUAUGUCAACUGAGCCGCGAUUCCUAGCUGGAUUUGAGGAAAAAGUUAAUUUGCUGAUUGACAGUGGGAUUCCUAGAGAAAAGAUUGUUCAUGUUCUUGACAAUGUGAAUUUAACGAAGGCUUUGUCUCUUAAGCCAUUUGAAGAGAUUGAAAGGCUUCUUAAUUUCUUGAGCUGCUAUGGCGGGGUUGAUUUGAUUGUGAGGCAUCCCCCCAUUCUUAACUUUGAUAUGGAUACCCAAUUGAUUCCGAGAGUGGAGUUUCUCCUAGAACUUAGCGGAGGAGAUGAGGAUGCAACCGGGGCAGUGUUGCGCAAACUGCCUACCUUUUUGAAAUACCGUGUGGAACACUUGGAAAGCCAUGUAGAGUUCUUGAGGUCAUUUGCGGGAUUAGAUGAUCAAGAAAUAUUCAGGAUCAUUCUUGUGUUUCCUAGCAUUGUUAGCGCGAGCAAGGAGAGGAAAUUGCGUCCAAGAAUUAGUUUUCUCAAGGAAUGCGGACUCAACUCCAAUGAGAUUUUCAAGUUCUUGACAAAAGCCCCUUUGUUUUUGGGUCUAUCUUUUGAGGGAAACAUUGCUUAUAAGCUGGGUUUUUUGGUGAAGAUUGGUUACAAGUACAGAACGAAGGAAUUCGCAGCUGCAAUAGGCUCUGUGACUAGGACAAGUUGUGAGAAUAUGCAGAAGGUGAUUGAGCUCUUCUUGAGUUAUGGGUUUUCUUGUGAAGACAUGCUUCUCAUGAGUAGGAAGCAUCCUCAGAUACUUCAAUACAAUCCUGAUUCUCUGGAGGAGAAAGUGGAAUAUUUGGUGGGGGAGAUGGGACGUGACCUUGACGAGCUAUUGGAUUUCCCUGCAUUUCUUGGUUACAAACUCGACAGUAGAAUCAAGCAUAGGUACGAGGUGAAGAAGAAGAUUAUAGGUGAAGGGAUGUCGAUCAACAAGCUGCUCAAUGUUUCGUCUGAGAGAUUUGCAAAGAAGAAGGUAGAAAAGUUGGUGCACAAAGCCUAAAAAUUAGGGGUUGCUCAAUUUCAUCAGCAGAAGUUCAUGGCAAAAUUGAUGGAAAUUGCAUAGUUACCGAGUAUUCUCAAAGCUUCAUCAGUUGAAGGCUUUUGGUUUUUUCAGGCGAAAUUCUAGCUUGACUUCCUUAGGUGAAGAUAGAAAGUCAUAUAUUUCAUCCCUAAACCUGCAAAGCCAUUAUUAAGUUCGAAGAAAAUGGUCGAUACCCAGUUGAAUGAAAUGACUGAGUAUGCUCCAUUUUAAGGUUAAAGCAAGAAGAAAAGUCGCUGAUCUUUGUAUUUGUGUAACCGUCAAUUACAAAGGAAUCCACCUUGAGUCGAUAGCAAUGUUUCCUUGGUUGCUCCCACGUUUUUCUGUUCUUAGUCCUGAAAUCUUGAAAAAAGUGAUCUGACAUUGAAAAUAAUCCUGUCAGUGUGCAUGAAUCAAGACAUCGUUACCUUUGUUAUGCAAUUCAGAUAGAUUUUCUAACUGUGAUGGUGUCAGAAUCAAUAAGUCAACAUGAUUGCAAGGCAUCUAUGAUCAGGAGAGUCAUUUCACUACAACAUAUAAUUGAGUGUUAAUUCUGUUCUCUCCAGUCUGUUCUUUUAUUAAAUUACAUUCCAUGAAAUAUUACGAUUGUGAGUUCAGGAUUACCUCACAGGAUAUUUUGAUCAUCAACAGAACCGAGGAUCUAUUAUCCUCGAGAUCUGCAAAGGUGUGGCAUUUACGCAUAAAAGGUGCCAUUGGCAACUCCAUUCUUUCUCCCAUGCAACGUAAGUUGACACAGGUUUGGCUUUGGAAUGUCGAAUUCCAAGACAUCUUAAGAUGUGGGCAUAAUGCUUUGAUGGUGGAAUAUAACCAUGGCAAGGACGGCACGACUCCAAUUCUCUAAUCAAGCAAGAUUCAUCCAAUCCUUCUUCAUUCGCUUCAUAUUGUGCCUCCACCCACAUCAAACAAUUCUUCACCAAUUUCUCCUUUCCCAAAAGUCGAAAAGAGUCAUGUUAAUGCUCUCAACUCCAUGAGUAUCUAUCAAGUGUUGCUGCUCAUUCUUGUUCUAUUUUUGGCUAUGACUAGCAAUGUCGUGCCCAGUGAUCGACAAUGUACUUCAUCUUGUGGUGAUAUUCACAAUAUAAGAUAUCCGCUUCGAUUGAGGAGCGAUCCAAAGAGGUGUGGUGACUCGAAGUAUAAGCUGACUUGUGAAGAUAAUCACAUUGUUCUACA